GAGGGCCCUACGUCACUUCCUCUCAGGCUAGGCGUUUGUUCGGUGGGGACCCACGCGGGUUCAACAUGCGUAUCGAAAAGUGUUACUUCUGUUCGGGGCCCAUCUAUCCCGGCCACGGCAUGAUGUUCGUCCGCAACGAUUGCAAGGUAUUUAGAUUCUGUAAAUCUAAAUGUCAUAGAAACUUUAAAAAGAAGCGCAAUCCUCGCAAGGUCAGGUGGACUAAAGCAUUCCGGAAAGCAGCUGGUAAAGAGCUUACAGUGGAUAAUUCAUUUGAAUUUGAAAAACGUAGAAAUGAACCUGUCAAAUACCAGCGAGAGCUAUGGAAUAAAACUAUUGUUGCAAUGAAGAGAGUUGAAGAGAUCAAACAGAGACGCCAAGCUAAAUUUAUAAUGAACAGAUUGAAGAAAGAUAAAGAGCUACAGAAGGUUCAGGACAUCAAAGAAGUCAAGCAAAACAUUCAUCUUAUCCGGGCCCCUGUUGCAGGCAAAGGAAAGCAGCUGGAAGAAAAAAUGGUACAGCAAUUACAAGAAGAUGUGGACAUGGAAGAUGUUUCUUAAAAAUCUCACUAUAACCAUUUCUAGUUGUACGUUUGAAUAUCUCCUUUGGAGACAGAACUUUUAAAUUAUUGAUUUAUUUGUUACAUAAUGUCACUGAAAUGAAAGGCAAUUAAAUAUACGUCUCUCUUGCAUUGCUUCCUGCAACAUAUGAGAUAUUAUGGAUGUUAGAUUGCAUCUCAGUGUUAAAUCUUCACGAUAGAUGUGUUCAUGUAAAUUAUGAGAAUUCUGUUUGUAAAUACAGAAGUGAAUUGUGGAUAUAAAAUGGUCAGGCCAUUUGGAUAAUGGCACCAGGCAACAUUUAUAUCAUAACUAAUGACAAAAAUUCAUGGCUAGUGAUAUAUAAAAUAAAAUUUUUUUGAGUAAAAUA